CCCUGUUUAAAAGUGAGUGAGAGUAUUCGUUUGCAAAAUCUGAGAAACAGGAAUGAUUUCACGAAGCUGCCUGUGUUGUGACUCUAAAUAUCGGAUUAAGUGCCAGCAAAAGAGGAAUUGUACUUUUUAAUGAAAAAAUAUGGCAGACUCUGUAUGUCGUAAACUGAUCCUGAGGGCAAUAUUAAGUAUAUGUUUUCUUAAAUCUGCCUUCAGCUACAGUUUCAGAAGUUGCAUAGAGAUCCCAGAUUCAAACCAUACAAUCUUCAGAUGUAUUAAACGGCAAGAAACAGAUAUAAUUACAAUUGUAGAUGAUCUGUUUCCCACUGCAACAAACCUCACAAUUUCUCGAUGCAACCUUUCAGAAGUUCAGAAUAGAAGCUUCCAACAUCUGCCCAAUCUGAAUUCUCUAGUACUGGACUAUAACCACAUUGUUAAAAUUCACGAACAGGCUUUCCUUAACCUGACAAAACUUCAGACUUUAAACUUGUCCUGCAAUGACAUAUCAUCUCUUCAACAUGUCUUCGAUGACUUGCACAACCUCACAGAGCUGCUCCUGGGAAACAACAAGCUCAGUAAUAUUGAUAUUUUCCUGUUUUCCAAUUUGAUAAACCUGAAGACUCUCGACUUUCGCCGGAACCACCUGAAUAACUUCUCCAUUUUGGUUCAAAGCAUAACAAACCUGUCCAGCUUGACAAAACUGGACCUUUCUUUUAACAAUCUGACAACUCUGCAUCACUCCACCCGUCUGCCACAGUCGCUUUCCAGCCUCUACCUCAGUGAUAAUAAACUAUACACACUUGAAUGUGACAAGUCUUUCCUAAAGUAUGUCAAAGUGCUUGAUUUCUCAGACAAUAUACGACUUUCUUACAAGGCUUUUCAGGGACUGAAUUUGGAGAACAUAAAGUACCUGCACUUACGCUUCACUAACGUCUCUGCUAAAAAGCUUCUUAAUUAUACUAAAGUACCACCUUGGCACAUCGACUUCUCUGGUUUGAAAUUGAAGGAUGAUCGUUCAUUAUCUUCGCUGUGUUUUCUUUUGCAACACCACCACCCUAAUAAGAAACAAUUAUCUAAACUCAUCCUCCAGAGCAAUUCCAUAAAAUAUUUAAAAAACAAUACAUUAUCUUUUUGUCCCAAUGUGACUGAUGUAAUAGACCUCUCAAGGAAUGAGAUGAAGAACACGGGCUGCUUGCAGUUUCUGAAUGGACAGAGCCAACUGAAAAGUCUCAAGAUUGAACAUAAUCAUCUUACCAAACUGCCAACCUGCAACAAAACUAAAAUUUUUCACAGUCUAAGAACCCUGAGCUAUCGAUACAAUCGUAUUCUACAGGUCAGUAGUUUCGCCUUCAGAAAUACACCCAAAUUAACAAACCUUGAGCUAAACAUAAACAUAAUUGCCUAUCUAGACCAUAAAGCCUUAUGUGGGCUCAAAGAUCUCAUCAUACUUCGUCUAGACAACAACCUCUUGACUGAUGUGUACAAUGACAGCUUUAAAGAUCUUAUCAGCCUCAAGACACUUAACCUGCGCAACAACCAAAUAGCUGUGGUUUUCAACUAUAGCUUUUAUACUCUUUCAAAUUUAACUAUUUUAGAUUUAGGUGGGAACAAGAUCACACAGCUGAGACCACAUGCAUUUGAUGGGCUACUUAGCUUGACCAAUCUCUAUUUAGACAGAAAUCGUCUGAAAGACAUUGACAGCAUUCUCUUUGGGAAACUUAAAACCACCCUAAAAGUGCUGGAUUUACAGGCUAACCACAUUCAGUACUAUACAGAAAGUACACACUCUCCAUUCAUAAAUCUGACAAAGCUUCUUGAUCUGAAACUUGAUGCACAGGAGCCAUAUGGCAUAACCGUGUUGCCUCGUGCAUUUUUUCGUGGCCUCAAAUCUUUAAGAAGUCUUUACCUCACCUACAACCAUAUCUCUGGAUUUGGUGCUGAAACUUUUGAUGACCUAACAAACUUGGAGUUUUUAACUCUGGAUAACUCAUGUGUUGGUAUAGCCCAACUAAAACCCGGUAUUUUCAAAAACCUUAAAAAACUUAAGUUAUUAUUUGUAGAGAACAUGGGCAUUAAAUAUUUCUCUAAAGAGGUAUUUGGAAAUCUCACAGGACUUAAGGUACUGCAUCUGAAUCACAAUGCCAUGCUAUCUUUGGACACACACUUACUGGACAAUCUCCCCAAUCUAUCAUAUAUUGAUUUACGUAGUUGUCCUCUCAGUUGUGGCUGCCAAAAUAAUGAUUUACAGAACUGGACCAAGAGCAACAAGCGACUCCAAUUUCCAUAUCUUUACAAUAUUACAUGCCAAGACCACUCAGGGUCAUACUUUCACAACUUUGAUACCAAUGUCUGUUAUUUGGACUUAGGACUCUACCUAUUUUCCUCAACUUACACAUUCACGGUUUUAUUAAUCUUAUUGCCACUUCUCUAUGUCAGACUUUACUGGAAAUUUAAGUACAGCUACUAUGUCUUUCGAUCAUGGUUUGGAGAACAGUGGCGACGUAUACGGGACCAGGAGGAGAUAUACAAGUAUGAUGCCUUUAUUUCCUAUAACUCAGCAGAUGAAAAUUGGGUAAUGGAACAGCUUUUGCCAAACCUAGAGGGUUCUUUAUUUCAACUCUGUCUUCAUCACCGUGACUUUGAGCUUGGCCGUGAUAUUGUUGACAACAUUGUGGCUGCUGUAUACAGUAGUCGCAAAACAAUCUGCGUGGUCAGUCAGAGCUUCCUUCGCAGUGAAUGGUGCUCUCUGGAGAUCCAGCUGGCCAGCUACCGCCUCUUUCAAGAAAUGCAAGAUGUGCUUUUGCUGGUCUUCCUGGAGCCAAUUCCUGAGCGACAACUAUCCACUUACCACCGUAUGAGGAAGGUCAUGCUUAAAAAGACCUAUUUGCAGUGGCCUGGGUCAAAUUGUUACGAUCCAGCCAGUGCAAAAGAACUGUUUUGGAGCCAGCUAAAGAGAGCACUAAAGAGCAGCAACACUGGAAGCCAAGAGGAGCAGAAGCUGAAGGAGGAGAAUGAUCAAAGGAGAGAGAAAGUGGGUGUGACACAUAUAGAUGAUGAAUCGUUUUACCUGAUGCCCUGACUUACUACCUGGAAAUGUAUUUUUAAUCUGUACUGGUUGUUUAUUUGUUUUUUUUUAAUGCAGUGCCAGCUUCAAUAGCUAUUUUCAUGGUAAAAUCAGGUUAAAAUAUAACAUUAGGUAAUAUCUACUCUGAAUUACUGAAAAUACUGUAGUUAUAUAUUAACAAGCAUGUAAUAAUAAAAAUAAAAAUAGAAAAGAUACAAACUCACAGUAAGCAUUGUUGAAAUGUUAUGUCUU